AUGACACCACGUAGGAGGCUUUACCAGGACCUCUCGCGACGAGGACAUACCAAGGAGCUGGCCUGGAGCUCGUCCGACGCGUUUGCGCCCAUGCCCUUCCUCCUCAUGGGGGACAUCAACAUGGACGGCAACCCCUUGAACAGCCCAUUACUAUUCUGCCACGUCCAGGACGCAGAUCACAUUGUUGGCCGGGUACGAGUGGGUGAGCUGCAGCAAAUUGCCGUCCAAGGCCAUCCAGAACCGGUGGUCGUCGAUGGCUUGUGUUGCCACUACAUUCCUCGGCUCAAUCCUUGGCAUAGUGAGCGCUGCGAUGCAGACCUGUUCGCCGAGAUUGGAACGAUUAUCAAGACAUGCUUUGCGAGGACGGCCGACUUGAAGCGCCUGGAGAGCGGAAAAACUGGCGUCUUGGGAAAGACCCCUCCUCAGUUGACAUUUGAAGCGAAGAUGGGAGGUUGGUGGAGGAGAAAGAGCUAA